AUGUCUAAGGAGCACAUUGGAAAUGCUAGCCAUCAUAUCGACAAUGGUGGUGAGGACAGUAAAGAAAACACACAGACUCCGGAAGCCAUAGCGACGGCACUCGGUGCCCGAGGUGCAGCUCCGUCACCAUGGGGCCGUGGACAUAUCCAACUUUACAUGGCCUGCGGACUCAUCUAUCUAUGCUCGACUAUGAAUGGCUAUGAUGGAUCGCUCAUGGGCUCCAUCAACGUGAUUCCUGAAUACCAAAGCUACUAUGGCUUGGGCAAAAGCGGAUCGACUUCGACUGGUUUGGUCUUUUCCAUCUUUCAAAUCGGCCAGAUGGCGGGUGCCUUGUUCACUUGGAUCUGCGACUGGCGGGGUCGGAAAAUCACUUUGGCUGUCAGCGCCUUGUUUGUGUGUGCAUCGGCAGUUUUUACUGCUGUAGCUCCGACAUUGUCCUCAUUCAUCGGAGCUCGAUUCCUUCUCAGUUUCUUUACGACAAUUAACACUGUCGCUGCACCUAUGCUCUUGGUUGAAAUCGCGCCUCCGUUACAACGAGCAACGGUAGCAGGUAUAUACAACACUCUUUGGUAUAUGGGAAGUAUUAUUGCUACCUUUACAAUGUACGGAGCUAAUAUCCACUUGAGUGGAAACAUUAAGUGGCGACUUCCCCUAUGGCUCCAGAUACUCUGCCCUGGCUUGGUCUGUCUUGGUAGCUGGUUUCUGCCCGAGAGUCCAAGGUGGCUGAUCGCUCAAGGACGAGAUGAGGAAGCCCGCCGGUUCAUUGUCAAGCAUCACGCCAACGGUGACGCAAACCAUCCAAUUGUUGCCAUCGAGAUGCAUGAAAUCCGGAACUCACUUGUAGAGGUUCAAGGUCGCUCGCAAUGGGCUUGCUUUGACUUGCGGAGUCUUUACAAAUCCCCUGCACGCCGGUAUCGUCUUUUGCUAGUUAUUGCCAUGUCUUGGUUUGGUCAAUUCUCAGGCAAUAACGUUUCAAGCUACUACCUCCCAAUCAUGGUAACGAAUGUUGGUAUCACGUCAACUAAUCUCAUAUUGCUUUUGAACGCAUUUUACGCAUUGACCGGAUGGAUUGCUGCUUUAAUAGGAGCACGUCUUCAUGAUAUUGUAGGAAGACGAAAGAUGUUUAUGAGUUCUUGCCUGGGUAUGUCGAUAUCCUUGGCAAUUGUUGCUGCCACUGCUGCCGAGUAUGAGAAAUCUGGAAGCGUACCAUCAAGCUCUGCUAGUAUCGCAUUUAUCUUUAUUUUCGGUGUUACCUUUGCAGUGGGAUUUACUCCUAUGCAACCUAUUUACCCUGCCGAGGUUCUAGCUAUAGAUGACAUGCGGGCGAAUGGCAUGAUGGUAUCUAUGAUCACCUCCGGAUGCGCAAGCUUUGUCAACACGUUUGCAGCUCCGGUUGCCAUGGAGAACAUCCGUUAUUGGUUCUAUGUUUUUUUUGUGUUUUGGGAUUUGUUUGAGUUGGGAUUUAUCUACUUCUUCUUUGUUGAAACUAAGGGCCGUACCCUUGAAGAGCUAACUGUAGUUUUUGAAGCGCGGAAUCCCCGAAAAGCCAGCACUAAACCGCUUUAG